AUGCUCGUGUCCAACAUGAACCAAGUGCGGUUUCAGUCCACACUUGAAUCUGCCCUAUUGGCAGAACACCCCUACGAUCCUCUCACUGUGCAUCAAUCCCACGCAGAACCAAUGCCACACUAUUGGUCAUCACGAGAGGAUGGCCCUAGCACAAUCACCAAGUCAAGAACGUCUACUUCCGAUCUCGUAGGCAAUGGUGCAUUUACUGAUACUAAGGUAAGCUUCGUCAAAACCCCACCACACUUCAAACGCGUCGCUAAUGAUGUUGGAGACGACAUCGUCCGUGCUCCAGGCCGAGGCCACAGGAAGCUUGGACGCAUUCCCGAAGAACCUCGAGAAGUCCCUGUCGAGAAAGCCCUGACGUUGGCACCUACAUCUGUUCGCCAGCUAGAUGGAACCGACUCGGAAUGGAAAUACCGUGGCAGGUCUGACUCUGAGGAUGCUCAACCCCAGCCGAUUUCUGCCCCUACAGGUAUAGCAGCCCAGAGAGACGAAGGCUUUCAGCGUUUCUACCGAGCAGUUGUCUCCCCAACACAUGUUCGGGUCACGGCUGGAGGCCGAAUUGUACCGAACAAUCGAGCCACCUUCUCUCCAAACCCAAAAUGGGUCAAAGACAAACCUAUGAGCGAUACUGCACCAUCAAACCGUGUUACUGUUCAAGGACAGACCGAGCACGCACCCUUUCAGCUCCCUCACGUCAACCUUGGGCCAAUGCCUCAGAUGUAUCCUGGUUUCGCUCCAGGUCCAGGAGUAGCACCAGCACCACCCCCGUACACGUUCAUUCCGUGGCACAUGGGUAUGGGAAUGAGUAUGGGUGCCAACUUCGGAAUGCCGAUUACCCCAACCCCAGUGGUUGGUGCCAAUCCAGCAUUGAAGAAACAUCGAGAUGUAACAAGUAGCGAGCAGCAGAGCGAAUCUGGUACCCUUGAGAAGGAAGCGUCCGCAGCUUCGCCUCUCGAUUUUUAUGAUCACACUCGGUCAAUUCUUCUGAACAACCAGUGGAUGAUCCCACCUACCGCGCCCUUCUACCAUGUCCCACUCGCACCAUCGCACAGCUUCAACGGGAUGGCAAUUCCCGCACCUAGUGCGGCACCUGGAGGAGGAAAUAGAGACAUGGCUAAUGCUAAGAAGUCUGACCAGUCUAUGGAGAACAAAGGACCUCAUCACCCGUCCUUCUCUAGAAUGGCGACAACGGGUACAGCUCCUCAACCUAACAGCACAAGUCUUCCUAUUUCGUCUAUCCGUCCGAGCGAGAUUACAAGAAGGCACCUUGACAUCCUUCGAGCACGACUCAGGUAUCUAGAGGACCAGCUGCAAUUUAAUAAGCAUCAAAUCGAUGAACGCGCCGUUGAAAAUGACGCUCAAUUAGCUCGUCAAUUCAUCCAGCAGUUUGAGACAAACUUCGAAAUGCAAUACAAUCUUGAGGAGUCAUUUUAUCCCAAGGCAAAGGAAAUAGAAGCCCAACGUUCUUAUGACGCAACCCCAAAGCCUUCAGAGAAUUUGAAUUACCAAAAUUUGGCAACCGCAAAUAAUUGUCGCCCAGAAUCCGACUAUGGCGCAUUCUGCCAAGAUGCCUUGAAUGAUGAGGCGAAACCUCACCACGGAUCGCAAAACGCGUCAGAUUCUUCGCUGUACCGUCAAGCCCUUAGUGGAAAUCUAAAGCGCGAAAAGUCGGAAACUCGUUUCGGCUCAGGCAUUAAUUCCACAAAGUCGGUAUCUGCUUUUGCCGGAUCUCAGCCAUUGACCGGAUCUCUCAGAAGCUCUCGUUCAGGAACUGAGAAGUCAAGAUUACCACUCGAUGCUGCACUAGCCCCCCCGUUUCAGCCUCGGUCCGAGACUAUGCUCCAAACCUAUAAUAAAACAUUUGCCAAUUCUGCUGGCGGUUUCGGAAGGCCAGGGAGCGGGAUUGAGGCUGUGAACAAUCCCACGGCCUCUUUAUCAGGAGAGAGGGUUAGUUGGGAUGCCUUGUCAACUCCCUGCGUACCACAGGAAGACAGGGUGCCAUAUCUCGUUGGUCAUCUGCCUAAUGGCAUUGGAAUGGAUCGGGCACAGGUCACCGAUUUCACCUACGAACGUGAGCUGACAGAAGAUGAGCUUCGUGCUCGACAUAUGUACUGGGGCAAAGCUCCUCAUGACCUUCAGAAGGGUCUCCCCAAGUUCAAUGGCAAGGACUUUUUCCCCCCUUCGCCGCUGAAGGAUCACAGCGCAGACAGCGCAAUUACUCGCAAAAUGUCAACUCAAGCAGGCAAGAAGGCCAUGAGCACCCUUCAAGAGCAGACUUUGGCCGCAGACCCUUUCAAGUUACUGGGUCAAUCGGGACAUUUGUUCUCUCGUGACGGUCCUGGCAAUUCCACGCAGUCGGAAACGCUACCUGGACCUGAACACAGUCUUUUACGAGCCGCAGUAGCUAGUGCGCAUCACGAUGGUGGAGGAGCCUUGAAGCGAGGAGGGAACAGUCUUGAUGAGCUUGCAGCUAAAAAUCCUUUUAGGUUGGCUAAGUUGCCGGUCGUUGAUCCCAAGGAAAGUUCAUCUAGUGAUGAAUGUGACGAGGACAGAGAGUUACUCUUCAAGGGUCGAAAGGCUAUGCAGCAUGCCAAGUAUGUCUCAACAUCUUUACAGUCUCGAUUGGCGAAAGCGCUAACAAUGGACCAUAGAACACAUAACCGCAUCUGGUCCAGCAUGCUCAAUAAAGGAAACUCGAGUGCCGGCGCUGUCCCUGGUGCGGUCUCGACUACGACUGCGCAGGGGGUUUUGCCACAAUACAGUGGCCAUGCCACCGCCUCCCUCACACCAACUAUUUCCAACAACAAAGCCUCUUCACGGACUAAUAUGGCCAAGCCUAAUGAGGCUUAUCAUGUCAAGACGAAUGAUAUGCUGCAGGGGCAUCAAUCGGAGAAUCGCCCUCCUGGUUUCAAUAACGCGGGCGGCAAACGAUAG